UACGUGGAGGGAUAUUCCACCAAAAUUACUUCACCGCCUGUUACGUUAUCAUUCCCCUCUCCCACUCAACAACGGGAAAGGGACAAGAGGAGGGAGAGAACUCGCCCAUACCCUGCCUCAUGUGCUUUUUGGUAGACCCACUAACCCAAAUCCAUAAAGUAUCCGGAGCAAUUGGAUCUAGGGUUUCAUAUCUCUUCCCCAAAUCCCUCAAUUCAAAAUUAGUUUCUCAAAUUAGGGGUUUCUUUCCAAUAGCAAUAUAACAGAAGAAAAAUGCCUCAGAGACAUUCGAAGAACAAUAACGAUUUAGCAUUCUUCACCUAUGAUGAGAAGCGGAAGCUAGGGUACGGCACGCAGAAGGAGAGAUUGGGCAAAGAUUCGAUCAAACCAUUCGAUGCAUGUUGUCUCUGCUUGAAGCCUUUAAUAGAGCCCAUGUCCUGCUCCAAGGGCCAUGUUUUCUGUAAAGAGUGCAUUCUCGAAUGCCUCUUGGCCCAGAAAAAAGAUAUUCAAAGAAAGCUAUCCGCCCAUGCUGCUCAACAGAAGCAAGAAAAAGAAGAAGAAGACGAGAGACUAAUGUUGCAAAAAGCUAGAGAGCUUGAUGCAUUUGAUCAACAGAACCAUGGGGCAGUACCUCAGUACAACGAUAAGAACUACAACAGGGACAAGAAUGGUUUCCAUGGGGCUAACAGUGUCAAAGCCACCUCGUAUGAGGAGGAGGCUUUGCGUACUAUGAAGGCAUUUUGGCUGCCUUCUGCGACGCCGGAGGCUCCUAAAAAGGUGGAAGCCCCAUCCACAGACACUGUUUGCCCUGAAGGGAAGGAAAAACUUAGGCUAAAGACACUCUUUGCUAUUCAUUUCACAGAAGAUACAAGUGAGCAGAAGCGCUCAAGUUCUCUUGAUAAGACGUAUAUCUGUCCUAGCUGCAAGGUGACACUAACUAAUACACUGGCCCUUGUAGCCUUGAGUUCUUGUGGACAUGUCUUCUGCAAGAAGUGCGCGGAUAAAUUCAUGGCAGUCGACAAGGUGUGUCUAGUCUGUGACAGGCCAUGCAAAGACAGGAAUCUUGUCAAUUUGGCAAAGGGAGGAACUGGUUUUGCAGGACAUGGUGAUCAUCUUGAAGCAACAGAUUUCAAGCAUUUAGGAAGUGGUUCUGGGCUUGGGCUUGUAAGACCUGCCACGAAGACUUGAACUGGAGAUGUAAUAGGUUCCAUUGGAGCUGUUAUUAUAUCAUCCUUUGGCUGGUUACUGUUGAUACAUCUUAUCUGCAAUACAUGCUCACUUCUUGUUUAAAUCAUCUUCAUUGUAAUAUAAGUGCGGUGAAAGCAAUCACUCCUCUGAGUUGUUUUGUAAUCCAGCCAAAAUGCGUGGCCAUUGACAGUAUCGAUUUAUGACUCUGGGAAUUCCCCAGUUCAUUACCUGUCUCUGUUUUGUAAUUUAUGUCUAA